AUGUUAACCACGGAUGGCCGGAAGUUAUUGGCCAGUGAGAGUUCCUUGCCCGUGGCCAAUACCAAUGUUAUCCCUCCGGAAGGAUCGACGAUCUCAUUAACGUCAGCUUACAGAGACGGAACCACCCACGGGACAAAGCCGAUUUACUUGGAUGUCCAAGCUACCACACAAACUGAUCCUCGGGUGUUGGACGUGAUGUUACGGUUCUUAACUGGCCUCUACGGGAACCCCCACUCUUCUACGCAUGCCUAUGGUUGGGAAGCCGAGAAGGAAGUGGAGGAAGCCAGAGCUCACAUUGCCAGUGUGAUUGGCGCAGACCCCAAGGAGAUCAUCUUCACCUCGGGAGCCACCGAGUCAAAUAACAUGGCCAUCAAGGGUAUACCCCGGUUCUACAAGAAGACCAAGAAACAUAUCAUCACCACCCAGACAGAACACAAGUGUGUUUUGGACUCAGCCAGACACAUGCAAGAUGAAGGGUUUGAAGUGACGUAUUUGCCAGUUAAUGAAGAAGGGUUAAUCAAUCUAGAAGAUUUGAAGAAGGCAAUUCGGAAGGACACCGCGAUGGUUUCAAUUAUGGCAGUUAACAACGAGAUUGGAGUUAUCCAACCUUUAGAGGAAAUUGGGAAAAUCUGUAGAGAACAUAAAGUGUUCUUCCAUACAGAUGGGGCUCAAGCGUUUGGGAAGAUCCCAUUGGAUGUUAACGAAAUGAACAUUGAUAUGAUGUCGAUUUCUUCCCAUAAAAUCUAUGGUCCCAAGGGUAUCGGUGCUGCUUAUGUAAGAAGAAGACCCAGAGUCAGAAUUGACCCAAUUAUCUCUGGUGGUGGACAAGAAAGAGGGUUAAGAUCCGGUACUUUGGCGCCUCCUUUGGUAUGUGGGUUUGGUGAAGCCGCCAGACUCAUCAAACAAGAAUCCAAAUUUGAUAAUGACCAUAUCGAAAAGCUCUCUACCAAAUUGAAGAAUGGCUUAUUGUCUAUUCCUGCUACUCAAUUGAAUGGUGCCCAUGAUCCUGCUGCACAGUAUCCUGGUUGUGUUAACAUCUCUUUUGCUUAUGUUGAAGGUGAAUCGUUAUUAAUGGCCUUGAAGGACAUUGCCUUGUCUUCUGGUUCUGCUUGUACCUCGGCUUCUUUGGAACCUUCGUAUGUCUUACAUGCUUUGGGAGCUGAUGAUGCUUUGGCUCAUUCUUCAAUUAGGUUUGGAAUUGGCCGAUUCACUACAGAAGAGGAAAUCGACUACGUCAUCAAGGCAAUCAAUGAAAGAGUUGACUUUUUAAGAAGCAUGUCUCCAUUAUGGGAAAUGGUUCAAGAUGGUAUUGAUUUAGAUACUAUUGAAUGGAGUGGACAUUAA